UUUAUGGGGGGGGGGUAUUUCCAAAUAAUUUUUACUUUUCUUCUUACGUCAAACCAAAAUCAAAUUAUUAACAAAAAGGAGUUGGAUGAGACGGACUAGAUUGUUUACUAGAACGCGUUUAGGUAUAUAGAGUUAUGUCCCUUAGAUUACUUUUUUAUUUUAAAAGAUUAAGAAUGUUUAAAUCGUAUUUUCUUCGACUUUUUCGUAAUUUUGUUAAAAAUAAUUUACUAAUACAGUAAUAGUAUGGGUAACAAGGACAAGAAGAAACACAGACAUAGAUCAAGUGAAAGAAAACCUAAAAAGCGACGGAAAGAACGUUCCCCAUCAUCUGAAGAUUCUUCAGGAGCAGAAAGCAGGUCAAGGUCACCCCAUGAGAGAAAGUCACAUGUGUCACGUUCCCAUAAAAAGAAACAGAGAAGUUACAGUUCAGAAAGCAUGGACAGUGACCAGUCAUCUGGAAAAAAAUGGUCGCACAAGACCAGUUCCCACAAAAAGAAACAGAGAAGUUACAGUUCAGAGAGCUCUGAAAGUGAUCAGUCGAUUGAAAGAAAGUUAGCAGAGAAAGACAGAAGGAAGAAAGAGGAGUUCCUGAAGAAUAAAGAAGAGAGACGACUUCAGAAGGACUUGAUCAAGGCUCUGGAAACACCUGAAGAAAAAAGAGCACGGAGAUUAGCUAAAAAGGAAGCUAAAGAAAGAAAGCGAAAAGAAAAAAUGGGUUGGGAUAAAGACUACAUUGGUUACACAAACACUGACAAUCCAUUUGGAGAUGAACAUUUGCUUGACGCCUUUGUGUGGGACAAGAAGUUGGGCAAAGAUGGCCGAAAAGACUUUACAAGGAUGGACAUACAGAAAAUGGCAAAUUCAAAGAUGGGUGAAAACAGAAGAGAGCUUGAAAAAGUGAAACAGAGACGUUUGGAAAGAGAAAAGGAGUUGGAGGAAAGGGAGAUUGAAAGGGAGAAGCUACAGAGAGAUAAGGAAGCUGAAUACUUCAGAGAAUGGGAAAAACAAGAGGACAGUUUUCAUCUGAGCCAAGCCAAACUGAGAUCUAAAAUUAGAAUCCAAGAUGGCAGAGCUAAACCGAUAGACUUGCUUGCUAAGUACAUCAGUGCUGAAGAUGACGAACUUGCGAUAGAGAUGCACGAACCGUACACCUAUCUGCACGGUUUGACAAUUGUCGACAUAGAAGAUCUGUUGGAGGACAUCAAGGUGUACCUUGAGCUGGAGCAAGGGAAGAACACCGACUACUGGCGAGAUAUCGUCACGGUAACCGAGGAUGAGCUCAAUAAACUCCGCAAGAUGGAUACAAGUAGUAGAGAAUACAUUGGUGAUCGAAGAGAGGGAAUCAACCAGGCGGUGACGAGCGAAGUGAGUGACGUCUUCAAGGGUAAAACGACCAAUCAGCUUCGCCUGCUGGAGGACCAGAUCAAGGACAAACUGAAAGGAGGGGAGGGAAUCGAUAUUGGAUACUGGGAAUCCUUGUUACAACAGCUGAAAGCCCACAUGGCCAGGACGCGACUGAGAGAACGACAUCAAGACGUGUUGAGACAGAAACUCCACAAACUUAAACAAGAGCAAGGUAUUGAGUCAGGCCCGCUGUUCCCGGUAAUAGAUAAAGAUUCCCAGGACUCUCCGGAAGAGAGUCGUGCCGGGCGGGUAGACAGUCCAGUUGCCGGACCAUCACACACGCUGAGUGAGAAGACGCAAGCCGUGGACAGUCCGACAACUACGAGACGAUCCCACGCCGCCGACUCGAUGAAAAUACAGGAACAACACGAAGAAGAGUCGGAGGUGUUGUUGACGGAAGAAGAUUUGGAAAAAGAAGCAUUCGAUGAGUAUGAGGCAGGAAAUUACUCGCCGCGACUGUUCCGACCGAACGAGCUGGACAUCGAUGCAAUUGUUUAUGAUACAGUGGACGACUUACAGAAACUAGAACUGGCCAGAACUCAGGUGCUCACCAUCGGAAAAGUCAAGCUUGAUGCAGAGACGGAGUUUGAGAAGAAGGCACGUGAGGGGAUGAACGAUGAUGAGGCACAGUUCAGUGUGGAGCUGGCUCUUGACAAACAGGCCUUUCUGUGGUCGGACAAAUACCGGCCGCGCAAACCUCGCUUCUUCAACAGAGUCCACACGGGCUUUGAGUGGAAUAAAUAUAACCAGACUCACUAUGACAUUGACAACCCACCACCAAAGAUUGUUCAAGGCUACAAGUUCAAUAUUUUUUAUCCCGAUUUGAUUGACAAAGCAGACACUCCAGAAUAUACUGUGACGCCCUCAGAUGAUAACAAAGAUUUUGCAGUGCUCAAAUUCCAUUCAGGUCCUCCUUAUGAAGAUAUUGCUUUCAAGAUCGUGAACCGUGAGUGGGAGUAUUCAUACAAGCGUGGAUUUCGCUGUCAGUUUCAGAACAAUAUUUUCCAGCUGUGGUUUCAUUUCAAACGCUACAGAUACAGAAGAUAGUCGUCAUAACACGCUGUAUUCUAAGAGUGAAUUACCAGCACAGCUACAUUCCAAGAAUGGAUAUAGCACGUGAAGUAACAAACAAUACACCUGAAGGUUGUAAUGGACUAUGUUAUGGAGUGGACAUUGCAUACAUAAUGUAACGGACUGAAUGUCACAUGAGAAGUAACAGCCUAUACACCUGAAGUUGUAGUGGACUAUGCUAUGGACAUUGUAACAGACUAAAUAUCACACCUGUAGUUGUAAUAAGACUACAUUAUGGAGUGGACCUUGCACACAUGAUGUAAUGGACUAAACGUCUUAUGGGCACAUGUGAAGUAAUGGACUAUGCACCUUAAGUUGUAAUGGGACCAAUACGCUAUGGAGUGGACAUUACACAUGCAAUGUCUGCACAAUUGAAGUUGUAUGGACUAGUAAAUUCCAGGAGAGGACGUUGCACAUGUGAAAUAAUGGACUAUGCAUCUGAAGAUUAUAUGGACAAAGUUACUACAUUACAGGAGUGGACAUCGUAUUCACCAGAUGUAAUGGAUUGCAUGUAAACCUUAAGCGGUAAAUGACUAUGAUGUUAUGUUACGGGAGUUGACAUUGCACAUGAUGAAAUGAACUAUACAUGUUAAGUUGUAAUGGAAUAGAAUACUACAGGAGUAGACAUCACACAUGUGAAAUGUAACUGUACAUCUGAUCUACCUGAAGUUGUAAUGGACUACUACCUUGCAGAAGUAGACAUUGCACAUCAUGAUGUAACAAACAUUUGUGUUUUUCUGUAUAUGCUGACUGGAUACAGGAAUAGUGGACAAUAUAUUUUUCAAUGUCAACAGUUACUGUCAUGUCUCAAUUUCAAGAAUUGAGCUUGGACAGGUACAUUGGAAAAUAAAUACAUUUUAAAUAUUAAAAGGGCAAUACUGCUCAACGAUAAAACAGGUCAGUGUUCUCAAAAUUCCAUCCACAUAUAAAACCUUUUCACAUACUGGCAUCCAAAAAUAAAAUGUUCUUUGUUCUUGUCCACUUCAGAUUUAAGCAUGCUGUCCAGGACUCGACUAUAUGGGCCGUUAGUUAGUCAUUACUGAGAGAUGUUGGUGUGGUGGCCAUAAUUCCUCUUCACUGGGCCAAUAAGAUGCAUUGUGUGGGAACCUUACUAGCAGGCUUUAUGCCAGAAAAUAAUUUGAGGGUACAUAAUAAAAACAAAACAAACAGAACAAAGUGGUUAUGUGUUUGAAAUGUUUUGAAACUGGACACAGCAGUUCAUGCCUUGACAAAGUUUAAACAGCAGCCCUUUCACUAUCAUUGAUCUAAAAAUUAGAAAAAUAUAGCCAUUAAUUUCCAUAGGUAAUUUAACCCUCUGUACCCUCUGGCAGAAACUAAUUAGGAUACAAAUCCAGCAUCUACCAGCACUAUGACCGAUGACUUUACCGCUACACCACUGAAGUAUAUGUAAAGAGAUAAAAGUGUAUAAAUCUACAUUCAAUGUCGCCACAUCAGUAUCAUUUUAUUAUUAACUGUAGUUUGUCAAGCAGUCUGAACUAUGAUUGAUGUAAAAUAAUAAUUUUUAUAGAAUUAAGUCUGAGCAAUAUUAACUUUUGUUUAUGGAGGAGUGGAGUGUAGCUUUGUCGUAAAACACUGGCCCAGGGCGAGACGAGUGGCAACAUUGAUCGACUUCGUUGAACACAACUGGUGGGUUAAAAGGCCAUACUGUCCUGUCUGUGGAAAUUGCAUAUAUAAGAUGUCUUGGUGCUCUUUACUAGGAGCAGCUUGUUUGUUGACAGUGGAUUUCCUUUCUUUCUCUUGCCAACAAAAUAACCAUAUGUUAGACACCAAAUAACUGUACUUUAAAAUGUGCUGAUCAAUGUGUUGUUAUUCAAACAUUACUUUCUUUUUUAUUUGGAAAUUCUUACACUAUAUUAUUUAGUUCAAGUACAAAAUUCUGUCCAGUCAUACUCAUUUGGGUCAUUUCUGUACCAUUGCUAAUGGAUAUAAAAUGCAACUCAUUUUAUUUUGUAAAUAAAGCAUUUUAAGAAAAGCAA